GCAGCGCAGCCGCUCCGCUCUCUCCAUCAGCCCGGGCACCGGCAGGAAGCGGAACCGGGCCGGUGCCGGUGCGGGGGAAGCGGAACCGGGCCAGUGCCGGUGCGGGGGAAGCGGAACCGGGCCAGUGCCGGUGCGGCCGCGGGGGAAGCGGAACCGGGCCGGUGCCAGUGCGGCCGCUGGGGAAGUGGAAGCUGGCCGGUGCCGGUGCCGUGGCGGCGCCGGUGCCGGUGCCGGUGCCGCCAUGGCCGCGGAGCAGCUCCGCGCCUCAGCCUCCUGCCCGCUGUGCCUCGGCCUCUUCCAGGAGCCCGUGUCCAUCCACUGCGGGCACAACUUCUGCCGCCCGUGCAUCGAGCGCUGCUGGCGGAGCUGCCGGGACAGCUUCCCGUGCCCGCGGUGCCGGGAGGCGGCCCCGGAGCGCAGCCUGAGGCCCAACCCGGAGCUGGCGGGCAUCAUCCGCAUCGCGCAGCGCCUCAGCCUGGGCGGGCGCGGCGGGGCCGGCGGGCGGCUGUGCCCGAGGCACGGCCGGGCUCUGAAGCUGUUCUGCGAGGAGGAGCAGCGCCCGCUGUGCCGCGCCUGCCGCGAGGCCCCGGAGCACCGGCUGCACGCCGCCGUGCCCCUCGAGGAAGCGGCGCAGGAGCACAAGGAGAAACUCCAGGCUCACGCGCAGAUCCUCAGGGACAGGAGGGAGAAGAUGCUGGGGCUGAAGGCGGCGGAGGAGGGGAAGAGCUCGGACUUGCUGGAGCGGGUGGACGCGGAGCGGCAGCGGGUCCGGUCCCGGGUCCGGGAGCUGCAGCAGCUCCUGGAGGAGCAGGAGCGGCUCCUGCUGGCCCGGCUGGCCCAGCUGGACCGGGACAUCGUGCGGAGGCAGGAGGAGACCCUCGGCAGGCUCUCGGCGCAGAUCUCCGCCGUGGCACAGCAGAUCCAGGAGCUGGAGGAGAAAUGCCGGCAGCCGCCCUGGGAGCUGCUGCAGGACAGCAGAGACAUCCUGAGCAGGCUGGAGGAGCAGCUGGAGGAGCCCGAGGAGGCCCCGGCAGAGCCGGCAGAGGAGCCCCGGGAGCUGCCCCAGGAAAACGCCACCCUCAGGGAGAUGCUGAGGAAAUUCCAAGUCACCCUGACGCUGGACCCCGACACUGCCCAUCCCCGCCUGGCACUCUCGGAGGACCUGAAGUGUGCCCGCUGGGAGGGUGCCCGCAGAGCCGUGCCCGACCUCCCCGCUCGCUUCGACGCCUCUCGCUGCGUGCUGGCGUGCCAGGGCUUCACCGCCGGGCGCCACUACUGGGAGGUGCAGGUGUGCCAGGGCAGCGCCUGGGCCCUCGGCGUGGCCGCGGCCUCGGUGCCCAGGAAGGGCCGGCUCAGCGUCCGGCCCGAGCGCGGCGUCUGGGCCGUGGGGCGCUGCGGGGGGCAGUGCCAGGCCCUGGCAUCGCCCAGCGUGCCCAUCGCGCUGCCCGAGGCCCCGCGGGUGGUCGGGGUCUGCCUGGACUACGAGGGCGGGCGAGUGGCGUUCCUGGACGCGGCCCGGGCGGUGCCAAUGUUCGCCUUCGCCGCGGGCACCUUCGGGGGCGAGCGGCUGCUGCCCCUGCUCUGCCUGGGCAGGGGGUGCCAGCUCCGGCUGCUGUGCCCCUGAGCCCCCCGCGGGGGGGGGGAAUUGACCCUUUUCCGUGGUUUGCCAUCAUUUCUGUCAUUUCCAUCAUUUCUUCGUCAUUUCUUCAUCAUUUUCUCCAUAAUUUCUUCAUAAAUUUCCCUCAUUUCUCCAUCAUUUCUCCAUCAUUUUCUCCAUAAUUUCUCCAUCAUUUUCUCCAUAAUUUCUUCACAAAUUUCCCUCAUUUCUCCAUCAUUUCUCCAUCAUUUUCUCCAUAAUUUCUUCACAAAUUUCCCUCAUUUCUCCAUCAUUUCUCCAUCAUUUCUCCAUCAUUUCUACAUAAUUUCUUCAUAAAUUUCCAUCAUUUCUCCAUAAUCCCUCCAUCAUUUUCUCCAUCAUUUCUUCAUAAUUUCCUACAUAAUUUCUUGAUCAUUUCUCCAUAAUUUCUCCAUAAUUUUCUCCAUCAUUUCUUCCUCAUUUCUUGAUCAUUUUUCCAUCAUUUUCUCCAUAAUUUCUCCAUCAUUUUCUCCAUCAUUUCUCCAUAAUUUUCUGCAUUAUUUUCUCCUUAAUUUCUCUAUAAUUUUCUCAAUCUUUUCUCCCGCUUUUCUCAGUAAUUUUCUCCAUAAUUUCUUCAUAAUUUCUCCAUAAUUUCUCAAUAAUUUUCUCCAUAAUUUCUUCAUAAUUUCUCCAUCAUUUCUCAAUAAUUUUCUCCACCUUUUCUUGAUCAUAUUCUCCAUAAUUUAUCCAUCAGUUCUCCAUAAUUUUCUCCAUCAUUUCUCCAUCAUUUUCUGUGUUAUUUUCUCCCUAAUUUUUCUAUAAUUUUCUCAAACAUUUCUCCAUCUUUUCUCAAUAAUUCUCUCCAUCUUUUCUUGAUCAUUUCUCCAUCAUGUCUCGAUCAUUUUCUCCAUAAUUUCUCCAUCAUUGUCUCCAUCAUUUUUUCAUAAUUUCCUCCAUCAUUUCUUGAUCAUUUCUCCAUCAGUUCUCCACAAUUUUCUCCAUAAUUUCUCUAUAAUUUUCUCGAUCAUUUCUCCAUCUUUCCUCAAUAAUUUCCUCCAUCAUUUCUUGAUCAUUUCUCCAUCAUGGCUUGAUCAUUUUCUCCACAAUUUCUCCAUAAUAUUUCUCGAUCAUUUUGUCCAUCAUUUGUCCAUCAUCUUCUCCAUUAUCUCUCCAUAAUUUCUCCAUAAUUUUCUCAAUCAUUUCUCCAUCUUUUCUCAAUAAUUUUCUCGAUAAUUUUCUCAAUAAUUUUCUCCAUAAUUUUCUCCAUCAUUUCUCCCUCAUUUCUCGACUAUUUUGUCCCUCAUUUCUCCCUCAUUUCUCCAUAAUUUCUCCCUCAUUUCUCCAUCAUUUCCUCCAUCAUUUCUCCAUCACUUCUCUCUCAUUUCCCCAUAAUUUCUCCAUAAUUUUUCCAUCAUUUCUCGACUAUUUCUCCAUCCUUUCCACCAUCUCCCAUUUCCUGCCGGGGGAAUUCAGGGAGAUGUUGGUUCCAGGGCUGUGAGGGGCUUUUACCUUUUGGAGGGUGAGCAAGGAAGGGGAAAAGACACUCAGUGACCUUUUCUUGGUGAAUUCGACCCAAAAAUCGUUAACUUAGCUCGUGUUUUUAGGCGACAAAGCUGUUUUCGUGCAUCCCUGGUGGUCUAGUGGUUAGGAUUCGGCGCUCUCACCGCCGCGGCCCGGGUUCGAUUCCCGGUCAGGGAAUCAACUUUUUAAUUUCGCUAAAAAAAAAUUCAUUUAUUUGGAAAAAAAUCUACUCCUGUUUAAAUAAUCUCCAAACCCCCCAAAAAACCCUUUUCUCCUCCUUUUUUUGUGCCUCGUCCCCUCCCCCCUUCCGCCCGCCCCGGCGCCUUCUGUUACCCAGCGACAAUUAAAUAAAUG